UCUGUUGACUGUGAGUGGUGGUUGAGGCAUCAUGAAAUCUGUUCACAUAGUUGCUUUAAUUCUAAUCGAUCUAAUUUGUCGAAUCGACGGAUUAGUGCAUUUCGUUCAGUUGGGAAAAGGAAAAAAAGGUUGUAUUCCCAAGACUGGCGGUAAAGAAUUAGCCGUGGGUGAGGCCAUGGAGGACCCCAACACUUGCGGAGUUAUCGUUUGCCAGAAUACGAACGGAGAUGCUCUGAUUCAUUAUUGUCAGAGGCCAGCUUCAUUUCAAGACUGUCCGACAACUGGCGUAUCAACUAUACAUGAAUUUCCCCAAUGCUGUUGGAUGUGUGUGAACUAUAUUAACUGCGGGGGCGGCGGUGGUGGAGCUGAAGCUCGUGAUGAAGGUGGUGAUGACGAUGGUGUUGGCGACGCUGCAACCACACCUGGUGGAGAUGCUAGUGCAGCUCCAGAAGGAGGUGAACCAGCAGCUGGUGCCCCUCCAGAGGGUGGCGAAGGAGCAACACCACCUCCCGAAACCAGAACGUGGCAAAAGCGUCGUGGAAAAGGACCAUUCAAGAAACAUUAAGGCCAAGACAUUUUACAUUGAAGAUUCCAGGUGUACUGCCAAUUGUAAAUAGCAGGGUUCAACUAAGAGGCGGUUUAGUUACCUAUAUGUAUGAUAUAUAACUACUAGGAGAAGGCAUUGUCUAUUUUUUUAAUUAUUAGAUUCAACAACAUACAUUUCAAGCAACCUUUAGCAAAUUAAUUGUACAUAUUAACACUCAUUCCAAUAUUUAAAAUUGUAACAAAAAGAAGAAGGCAAUCGGUAGAUUUUAACAUAGUGUAUGUAGUUUUAAUAUUUUGGUAAUAAAAGAGAUCGACAGAUAGUUCUAA